AUAACUAUUAUCAAAACAGUGAAUAUGGCGGAAGACAAUGCUAAAGAGUGUCCCCUGUGUCUAGAAGUGUUAGAAGAUGACGAUUGAAUUUUUCCGUGCGCAUGUAACUACCAGGUAUGUCGAUUUUGUUGGCAUACAAUUAGAAUAGAUGGUGAUGGAUUAUGUCCACAAUGUUGGGAAUCUUAUCCAGAAAACCCAGCAAAUUUUACUCCUUUAUCACAAGAUAAAAUUGCCACCCUAAAAGCCAAAAAGAGACAUGAAGUCCAACAGCGUAAGUUAAAAACUCUUGAACAUCAAAAACAUCUGUCUAAUCUACAAGUUUUACAGAAAAACUUAGUUUUCGCUGUUGGUCUUCAUAUGAGCAUAGCAGAUUCAAAAAUAUUGAAAAGAAAUGAGUUUUUUGGAAAAUAUGGGAAAAUUUUAAAUAUUAUUAUUAGGAAAAAUAAAUCAGAUGCUAUGGCGUAUAUUACCUAUAGUCGUGAUAAUGAUGCACUUGAAGCUAUUCUGGCUGUAAAUAAAACUCGAAUAAAGGGAAAACGUAUUAAGACGCGUAUUGGAGUUACUAAGUACUGUACUCAAUUCGUAAAGAAUUUACCAUGCUUUGAACGAGACUGCAUCUAUCUUCAUGUUUUUGAUGCAGAAGCCACUUUUACGGAAGAAGAAAUAAAUCUUGGUAAACACAAAGAGUAUGAAAAAAAACUGCUUGAUGCAUUAAAGUCGAAAACUACCGAAAAAGCCGUACGUACACCUGCUAUUGCAACAGGUGGUAAACACUUCAGUGCGCGUAGUAUUGACCAAAAAAUAACAUCUGAAUCGACGGAAAAGGCAGACCUCAAUUCACAAUUAGAAAAAAUCGAGAAAGAAGAGAAAACGACCGAAGAGAGCAAGCCAUCAAGCGAAGCUACGAUAGGACAAGCCAAUUUGAAGUGCAGUGAAACAAACAAACAAACAAAAAUUGCUUUCACAUGA